CUAGAAUGGCGACUGCUGCCUUUGGUCGUCAAUGUACAACAGGAAGUAAUACUGCCAAAUCACACAAAGAACACCUGAGAAAAGGUAAGGAUUCACGACGGAGACAGGCGGCUCUUUUGUUCCUCAACAACAUAUCUUUAGACGGAAGGCCUUUGUAUCAUCUCAGUAAUGGAAACCACGGUCAAAGGGAGGCCGCCGAGCUCCGAAGUCGAGACGCCACCGGGGCACAGGCGACUAGACACCCUCUUUUCUCACCGAGUAUCUACGGAACCGUCUCCCUUGUGGCACCCUCCUUGGCCGGUGGCGCUGCUACUACUGUGGCGGGGAUUGGGGGACUGAGUCCAGUCCCUCCUAAUUUGGGCAUGUCUACAUACACGGGCUCAAGUACUGCUGUUGGGUGUAGUGAGGUGUUUUUUGAGGGUGUAGACCCCAUGGUACCCCCAGAUACCCCUCUGUCCCCCACCUCUGGACCUCAGACAUUCAAUCCAAGUGCCAAAUCAUCAUUUGUGCUCCAGACUCAGAAUUCCGUGCCGGGGGAUACAUAUCAAAGAUCACGGAAUCAUUCGGGCUCUCCAGGACCUGCAAGGGUGGCCAAGAAGGUCCACUUUAUCAAGAAUAUGAGGCAAUACGACACAAGAGGCAGCAGGAUCAUGAUGAUUUGUGCCAAGCGGUCUCUAUGUGCUGCUUUCUCAGUGCUGCCCUAUGGAGAGAGUAUUCACCUCAGUGACCCAAAGCUGGAGGCUCAGAGACAACAGCUGUCCUCUGGGGUGGUAUCUGACCUGUUCCCUGGCCUGGAGGGCCUGAGGGUGGAGCUAGGUGCAUAUGGAAAGACGGUAUCGUACGCCCAGUUCCUUUUCCCCACUAAUGCCUUGGUGAGGCCAAAGAGCAGUGGAGCACUAGAGCCCAGCACAACACAGACCCCCCUGUCAUGUUACCGAGGCAACGGCCAGAAGAACUACACCAUCCCGUCUCGACUCAACAGCACCAUAGGACAGGACCAGAGUAAGCUCCACUUCGCUAUAAUUGUUUUUGCAAUUAUUACUGUUGUCUUCUCAUUUAAAAUCAUUUUUACAGAUAUAGAAGACCUGGCAGACUAUGAUCCCUACCUACUCAGUGACCCUCAGUGGCCUUGCGGGAGACACAAGAGAGUUCUUAUAUUCUCAUCAUAUGUGACGACUGUUAUUGAGUAUGUGAAGCCGUCAGACCUGAAGAAAGACAUGAAUGAGACGUUCAAGGAGAAGUUCCCCCAUAUCAAACUGACCCUCAGCAAGAUAAGAAGCCUGAAGUGGGAGAUACGUGCAGUGGGAGAGGAGUGCAGUUUGCAGCCGGUCACAGUUGCCAUGGCAUUUGUGUACUUUGAGAAACUGGUGAUGCAGGGCCGCCUGAACAAGCAGAAUAGGAAGUUGGUGUCUGCAGCAUGCGUCCUACUGGCAGCCAAGAUCAGCAGUGACCUGAAGAAGCAGGAGGUCCGACAGCUGAUUGACAAGCUGGAGGAGCGUUUUCGUAUAAACCGCCGGGAGUUGAUUCCAUUGGAGUUCCCUGUCCUGGUUGCCUUGGAAAUGGGGCUCUACCUCCCUGACAGCAAGGUCAUGCCGCACUACCGCAGGCUGGUGAAGCAGGGCUAAGCUGGAGCCUGGAGGUGGCCCAGAGAACUGGCCUGGGCCAGUGGAUAUUUAAGUCCUGAUGAUAUUGAUUGGAAAUGCUGAUCCUGGUGUAGCAGGCCAGCCCAGCCUACAUGCCCCUUAUUCAAACGGAGGAGGAAAAAAAACUGUUUAGGUACUCAAUAUUUAUUUUUAAUUCUUGAUGUAUUCAUAAACAUUUAUUUUGAUUGAAUGCAAUACAAUAUCUUAAUAACUUGAUAUGACAAUAUCCAAUAUAAUAUCUUGGUAUUAUAUUAUUAUUAUUUCUGGGGUGUGUAUGGCAUUCUGAUGUGAAUAUUUUUUUCAUAGAAGGGUUCAAAACCAUGUUUAUUUGUACAAACAGUACACCUUCAAUAUUUACUUAAGAAUAGCUCCAAAACUGAGUGUAGGAUGGCAACCUGAUGGGGGUGUCUGUAAGAACACACAGAGAGGAGGGUAGCCGUUGGACUUUAUUAUUGUCUAGUUGAGGUAUUUUGGUCUUGAAGGCAUUGGUGCUCGGAUGAGCGGCAAUGAUGGGUUACAGGUGAUCAGAUGUAGAUGGUUUUAGUUGUCAAUAUACGCAUCUGUUGGUCUCCAUUGGUUUGGUUGCUUGUGAGAAGAAAGCUAACGAAUGCAGGUGAGAGCACAGGUGGUUGUUAUGGAGGUUAUGCAUGCUGUUUGAUGGAGGUGUGUGGCGACUGAGGGGCAGGCUGGGCCAUGGUGAGGAGUUUUUUUUUAAUGCUUUAUUGAAGAGAUGAUAGUGUUGGAAAGUCGAGUGGGGAGUUAAAGUGGUGGGUGCUUAUAGUUGUCCUAUUUCACACAUGUGCAAGUGGGCCGGAUUCGAACCAACCAUACAUGUGUGCCGGGGUCAGCGGCUGUAACCGCAGGACCACACAGGCCACCGAAGUAUGAGUUUUCUAAAUUACAUGGACCUAAAAGCAGCAGGCCAAAAGGCAUCUUUGUUGUUCAAAGUAAAAAACGAUUAAAAAAAUAAAACCAGAUUAAGACUCGCAACGCAUUCAAAACGCAUGAUAGCGCUCUAUGUUAGAGAUGUUACAGAUCACAUUAAAUAUGCUGCUUGUUCCUUCUAA